AAGUAAUAUAUACAUGUAUGUAUAAUAAAGUCAUUAUAAUGUACACAGUCAAUAUUUAUAUUCAAAAUAGAAACCGCACAAAAUAUUAUGACAAGCUAUUAAUCUGUGAGAAAGUUUAGCCAAAAAGUGUAUUUUGAUGAAAAUAGUAUGGAUUAUUUUAUAAUUAUCUUGACAAAGUUUUGAAUUGGAUAUAGACUUUUAUUUUUCACUAUGGGCAAUGGUUCUUCUAGGAAUACCCAACAACCACACAGGGUACGUGGUGAAGUUUCACAGAGGACAGGUUUUGAUGCAGAGGUGUCGCGAUUGGUCAACGGAUUGAUAAAUCUAUCAUCACAGUUUAACAACAGAUCGGAAGUACGACGCCCGAUAUCAAAUGUAUCUAAUCAUGGCGAGCUAUCUCAGUGGAUCCGCAAAGUCGUCGCAUAUUCAUCGCAGUAUGAUGACAAAAACUGGUCUGCAACAUGUGUUAUUGGUUCUCCAAAGGUUUAUCCCAAGUAUGGAGAUAAACCAGGAGUUUGGGCCCCGGCUGUAAAAGACAAUAAGCAAUUUUUGGAGCUAGAGGUGAAGGAGAGUGUAUAUAUAACUGGUGUAGACAUCUACGAGACUUACCACUGUGGCGGAGUAACAGCUGUGAAGGCAUUGCAUUCACCUAACACCUGGCAAACACUUUGGCGGUCAGCACAACCGUUUGAUAGUAACACGUCUAGAAUUUUUUCUCCUCCUUUAAUGACUACUGAUUUCAAAACGAAAAUAAUUCGAAUUGAAAUUGACUGUACAGCAUGUAGAUCCUGGGUUGAAAUAGAUGCUGUAAAAAUUCACGGUACAAGAGAUUUAUCAACUUGUAAGACAACAGGCCAGCUGGUAUCACCGGGUGCUGCUUCACAGACCGGUGUCACAUCACAGUGGAUUGAUAAAGUUAUCUCAUUUUCCUCACAAUAUGACGACAGGAAUUGGCCUGCUACAUGCGUUAUUGGUUCUCCAAAGGUGUACCCUAAGUAUGGAGACAUACCAGGAGCUUGGGCCCCGGGUGUUAAAGACCAAAAGCAGUUUUUAGAGCUAGAGGUGAAGGAUAGUGUAUAUAUAACUGGUAUAGACAUCUACGAGACAUACCACUGUGGCGGAGUAACGGCUGUGAAGGCAUUGCGUUCACCUAACACCUGGCAAACACUUUGGCGGUCAGCACAACCAUUUGAUAGGAACACGUCUAGAAUAUUUUCUCCUCCUUUAAUGACUACUGAUUUCAAAACGAAAAUAAUUCGAAUUGAAAUUGACUGUACAGCAUGUAGAUCCUGGGUUGAAAUAGAUGCUGUAAAAAUUCACGGUACAAGAGAUUUGUCAACUAGUACGUCAACCGGCCAGCUGGUAUCACCGGGGGCAGCAUUACAAAAUGACACAGCUUCACAGACCGGUGUCACAUCACAGUGGAUUGAUAAAGUUGUCUCAUUUUCCUCACAAUAUGACGGCAUGGAUUGGCCAGCAACAUGUGUUAUUGGCUCUCCGAAGGUGUAUCCAAACUAUGGAGACAUACCAGGAGCUUGGGCCCCGGGUGUCAUCAACCAUGAGCAAUUUUUAGAGUUGGAAGUUGCGGAGAGUGUAUAUUUAACUGGUAUAGACAUUUACGAGACAUACCACUGUGGCGGAGUAACAGCUGUGAAGGCAUUGCGUUCACCUAACAAUUGGCAUACACUUUGGGAGUCAUCACAACCGUUUGAUAGUAACAAGUCUAGAAUAUUUUCUCCUCCUAUAAUGGCAACUGAUUUCAAAACGAAAAUAAUUCGAAUUGAAAUUGAUUGUACAGCGUGUAAAACCUGGGUCGAAAUAGACGCUGUGAAGAUUCAUGGUACAAGGAAUUUGUCAUCAACUAAGAAUGGUCAACUUGUGACACAAGGCGAUGUAUUACCAAAGAGACAAGCACCAUGUGACAGUAGUGAUUGUGCUACAUCACAAUGGGUUAAUAAAGUCAUUUCAUUUUCCUCGCAAUAUGACAAUAAAAAAUGGCCUGCUACAUGCGUUAUUGGUAUUCCAAAGGUGUACCCGAUGUAUGGAGAUAUACCAGGAGCCUGGGCACCGGGUGUAAUAGACAAUAAGCAAUUUCUUGAGUUGGAAGUGGCGGAGAGUGUGUAUAUAACUGGUAUAGACAUUUACGAGACAUACCACUGUGGCGGAGUAACAGCUGUAAAGGCACUGCGUUCACCUAACAAUUGGCAAACACUUUGGCAGACUGCACAGCCAAUUGAUAGCCGGAUAUCGAGAGUUUUUACUCCUCCUUUAAUACGUACUGAUUUUAAAACGAAAACUAUUCGAAUUGAAGUUAAUUGUUCAGCAUGUAGAUCCUGGGUUGAAAUAGAUGCUAUAAUGCUGCAUGGAGAAAGAAAAUUGUCAACUAGUCAAUCAACUGGACAAGGAGCUGUAUUACGAGAUGGUGGAGCGUCACGGGCAGGUGUCACAUCACAAUGGGUGGAUAAAAUUGUCUCAUUUUCAUCACAAUAUGGCAACGAUUGGUCUGCUACAUGUGUUAUUGGCUCUCCAAAGGUGUAUCCAAAUUAUGGAGACAUAGCUGGAGCCUGGGCCCCGGGAGUGACAGACGAUAAUCAAUAUCUAGAGUUGGAAGUGAAGGAAAGUGUAUAUAUAACUGGUGUAGACAUCUACGAGACAUACCACUGUGGCGGAGUAACAGCUGUGAAGGCAUUGCGUUCACCUAACAAUUGGCAUACACUUUGGGAGUCUGUGCAACCGUUUGAUAUUACUGUUCCUAGAAUAUUUUCUCCUCCUAUAAAGCAAGUUGACUGGAAGACAAAUAGAAUUCGUAUUGAUGUAAACUGCUCUGCAUGCAGAACUUGGGUGGAAAUAGAUGCCGUGCAGAUUCAUGGUUACAGGGACUCCAAUUCAGGGACUCCAGCAGUUGAUACUUCUACGGCUAUGAGCUCUGGGGCCAUCGGUGGUACUACAGAAACAGUUGAUCUGUCUCAAUGGGUGAAACAUGUAACCAACUUCUCCUCUCAGUAUGAUCAACAGGGCUGGCAUGCAAUCAAUGUGAUAGGGGUACCGAACGUUUACCCAGAAUAUGGUGACAAACCAGGAACCUGGGCACAACACGAUUCUUGCUUAGACGGGCUUCAGUUUUUAGAGGUAGAGUUCCACGAACCAGUUUAUGUUUCUGGAAUAGAAAUAUACGAGACAUUCCACGCUGGCGGGGUGGUCGCAAUUAAAGGCUUAAAUGAUGACCGGACAUGGCAAACAUUAUGGAAAACAGACACGCCUACAAACAUAGAAUCUUCUAGAGUGUUCUCCCCUCCUCUAAAUACUCAAGCAUUUAGCUGUGCGACAAAGAAUAUACGUAUAGAAGUAAAUUGUACAGCAGCUCGUUACUAUGUUGAGAUUGAUGCUAUACGUCUUCAUGGUUGCAGAUAUCCUACAGAUGCACCACCAUCAUAUGACAGUCUGAAUCACGACAUUGCAUACCCUCCUGUAUAUUCUUCGAUGGAACCAGCCCUUAUGCCCUCGGCACCUAUUGUACCUGUAUCGCAUGCUUUCAUAGAGCCAGUCAUUAAUGAUAAAGCAUCAAGUGACUGUCAGUUUCUGUUAGAAGGCAAACAUACUGUAUACGCUCACAAAGCAGUCAUCUGUGAAGGUAAUGGAAACAUCAAACAACUGUUUAAUGAAGAGGCAAAGGAACCGAUGUCAUCAGAUGGAAAGAUAAUGAAAGAAAUAAGUGGAAUUUCUCACGUUGGAUUUUUGGGGUUAUUACAACAUAUUUAUCAUAGUCGGUUACCAGAGGGAUAUAAAAGUGUGAUGGAUACAUGUGAUUGGAACGGUACAUCUCUUAAUGACUACACAUGUUUAAUGCUCAUAGAUGUUUGGAGAGCUGGUGAUAAGUUUAAAAUGGAGGAUAUGAAAUCUACUAUUGAAGUGGGCAUAAUAAGCAAAGUUGAUGAACAUAAUGUGAUAGAAAUAUACAAAGCUGUGUCGGAAACUUCUCCUGUUAUAGAAACUGUCAAAGACUAUUGCAAGCAGUACAUGACACAAAAUAUGGAGAAGAUAGUGAACAGUCCAAACUUUACUUCACUACCACAUGAUAUUAUGGCCUAUCCAUAUUAAAGUGACAAAAUGCUCAUAUUUUCAUGGCCAAUUUGAACUGACUUGACUGAAUGUUUCAAAAGAUUGACUGUUAUAAUAGUGAUUGACCAUCAUUUGAUAUUGGGAACUGUUCAGGAUAAAAUAUAAAUGUGCCUUACAUAUAAAUUAUAUAAUAUUUCAAUUAUAGAAUUGAAAGGAAUAGUGACAAAAUGUUAACGUUUUUGACUUUCAACUGUUCACUCACUAUAAACCCUUAGAUGGACAUAAUGGCCCUCAAAUUAGUCAUGAAUAGUUUUCACAUAGAGUGUAAUUGAACAGAACAGUUACAUACCCUCAGCAGCACUUGCAUUAGACUUUGCAAACAAACUGUCUGACACUCGACCAGACUUUGUAUUCCUCAACGUUUCUUGUCAUGUACAAAGUCGUUUGUCAGUAUGUUUGUAUAUAGGCGGCAACCCAUGGUGCGGCGUGCCGAUUUUCCGUGGUAUGUUUCUAUGCAUAAAUUCCCGCUCUUCCAGACGAUGGCAUAAUUUUCAAAAAUGCAACAAACGACAAUUUUUAACAUUUUUACAUGAUUACAGUCUUCCCAGCUUUCAAAAGCUAGCAAAAUUAAAUGUUGAAACCAAAUUAGAGAAGUAUCUUAUGAUGUUUAAAUAUACAUGU